ACUUGAAUUCACCUUUUUUUUUUGUAUUAAUCCAUUCAAUACUGUUUUGAAAGGUGACGCCAUCAAAAUCAGUUAAUCAUUGAUCAAGUGUCUAAAAUUAAUUUGAAGAUAAUAAUAGAGAUGAGUAGUCUAUGUUCGCCAAGCUUUCUUCAUAAUCAUCACAUCUUUGUGUUUUCUAUUCAAGAUCAAUUCUCAUUUACCUUCUAUUGAUUACUUAACCAUCCGGCACUUUAGUCUUCUUUAAGAUUUUUGGUUGUCUUACCUUGUGAAAUCAUAAAUGAAAGCUUUAAUCUCACUUUAUGGUUAUAUCCGAUUUCUUGUGAUUGUUGUCCAUAAUAUUUAUCAUGUACUUAGUUAUUUGUAUCUUAACUGGAUAGUGCUUUUACCGCUAAGACUGUUCGCUUCAAAUUUGUACAAUAGAAUUGAAGUGUUUCUUUACAACUGGUGUCUUUACACUGUUUCGUCGUGGUCAUGGCUAGCCGGUAUAUAUGUUUACAAUUGUGGAGCUGAAUUACCCGAUGCCCGUAAAAAUGUUGAUAAAAAUAAACCAGUCAAAAUAUGUAUUGUCGGUAAUCAUCAAUGCACUGGGGAUGUGCCCCUGCUAAUGUAUAAAUUAAGCCAGAAUCCUGAUUAUAUUAUGAUGUGGAUUAUGUCAGCUGAAUUUAAAUAUUCUAAUUUUGGUCCUGUCUCCUUGACCCACGAAGAUUAUUUUCUUAACCAAAAGAGUUUUGUCAAAGGCGAUCUUGUGAAACAUUGUACAGGAUUGAGUGAUCAAAAGAAAAACUGUUUUAUCCUUUUUCCUGAAGGUGGCUUCAGAUAUAAACGGCUGCUCAAGAAUGCUGAGUUUGCUACGAAAAAUAAUCUACCCCAAUUAAAUCGAACAGUUUGGCCUCGAUAUGGAGCUUUCGAUGAACUUUUAGAUGAAAGAAUUGGUAUAACCCAUAUUGUUGAUUUAACAAUACUUUACUGUGAUCAAGAAAAUCCGAUAACAAUUUUCGACAUUGCCAAAGGAAUUAAACCUGAACCAGUGUACUUCUUAUUUAGAGUAUAUGAAAUUACUCAUGAUAUAUUGGACGAUGAAAGCUUAAAUUCAGACGAAAAUGAAUCCAGUAAAAAUGAUUUAUCAAAUGGAUCAGCAUCUCUUCCGUUCGUGAACAUUUCCACUGGAACUGCAACCUCAUUAAGUCAAGUCUACAAAAUAAAACGUAGCAAACUAAACAUUGAAUGGUUAAGAAAUUUAUGGAAAGAGAAGGAACAAAUAAUGAAUGAAUUCUAUACUGAUAAAGAGUCUUUUUUUAAAACUUAUGGCCCAGGUCGCCGUGUUGAUUUAGCAAUAAGCAAAAUAAUUGCUGUUCAUCUAUUUUACAUCUCAACCUUCAUCAUUUUUGUUUACUGUUGUAUUUUUUUGUACAAUCUCAUAAUCUCGCAAACUCGUUGAUGACCCUGAAAGAAAACAGUGGCCAUAGGAACUCAACUUAAAUCUUGACAAGUAUCAUCUUGUUUGAAAAAAUAAAACAAUUUUAGAGUGAUCCUUUUUAUUGAAAUUAAAUGUUGAAUGGAUUGAAAAUUGGAUGUAAAAUCUGAAUUGUAUAUUUAGAUCAGUCAAACCAUAUUCUCGACAACAAUCGUAGAUUCCAAUAUUUGCUAAAGUCACUGAAAUUUAUAAAUAAAUACUUCUUUAUAACGGAUGUUAAAAA